GCAUGCCGGGGCGGUGGCGGGACCAUGGCGAGUGAUUUCUAUCUCCGUUACUACGUGGGGCAUAAGGGCAAGUUCGGCCACGAGUUCCUCGAGUUCGAGUUCCGGCCCGACGGGAAGCUGCGCUACGCCAACAACAGCAACUACAAAAACGAUGUCAUGAUCCGAAAAGAGGCUUACGUGCACAAGAGCGUGAUGGAGGAGCUGAAAAGAAUCAUUGAUGACAGUGAAAUCACGAAAGAAGACGAUGCUCUGUGGCCUCCUCCUGACAGAGUUGGUCGGCAGGAGCUUGAAAUAGUAAUCGGUGAUGAGCACAUCUCCUUUACCACAUCAAAAAUCGGUUCACUUAUUGAUGUAAAUCAGUCCAAGGAUCCAGAAGGAUUGCGAGUGUUCUACUACCUGGUCCAGGACCUUAAAUGUCUAGUCUUCAGUCUUAUUGGACUACACUUCAAGAUCAAGCCAAUUUAAAUCAAACAAACUGAAGUUUGUAUUGCAGUGUCUAUGUGGGGGAGGGGGGAAUUCCUCACUAUUUCUGGUGUGGAGUUUUUAUGUAUGUUGGAUUUUUUUUUUUUUACAAACUGUUAGUUGACUGUCUUAAUAAAAUGUUGCGAUCUGUAUUUUUAAAUU